AUUUUUGCUUUUUUCUACAAUCGUGCAAAGGAAAAAGAAGCACAAGUUAGACGACAGAUAGUAUGUAUGUGCUUAUGUAUAUGUGUAUGGGUGCAUUUAGUUGAGAACAAUACGGGAACAGAGAGAGAGAGAGAGAGAUUCGAUAAAGAGACAGGCAAAAUAUAGCAAACAUUUUAAGAGAGCGUAACUAAGCCACACCAACAAAGAAAAUAAAUUACGCGUCAUUGUCUGGAAGAAAAUUUCAUUUUUCAAGAUAAUCGGUUAAUUAUUUCAGGAAAUUUGCAAAAUUUUUUGUCAAUCUAUUAACGAGGUAAAGAAAAAUUUGUCCUUAAAGGAAUGCGCCAUAGAAACAUUCGCAUUAAUUUUGCCACGACAUAUGAGUACAUAUUGACUUUGGGGGUUCGCUCGAACGUUUGUCUGCACUCGUAAUGAAUACAAGAAUUGUGAAAAAUCAAUGCAUAGAAGUGUCGUACAACUUUUUUAAGUGUUUUAAAGGCUUAAAAUUUUUGAAUAACAGCACAGUUUAAAAUUCGAUUCAGACAACCACAAGUUAACUCCAUUUUUUUGAUGUUUGAGGUUCCUUAAGGAAAAGAAAAAUUUUAAAAAAUAAAAGAAAUAAAAAACAUUAAAUAAGGAAAUAUGUCCGCAACACAUAAUAUUGACGAUAAUAAAGUCGAAAUCAAUGAUGAGGAUUUAGAAGAUGGUGAAAUUGAUGAUAGUGAUGAAGAUAGAAAUAACGAUUCAAAUGAUGUUAUGAUUGUAUCGGAUGAUCACCAACAGCAAACUUCUAAAUCACAUAUCGAACCACUAACAAAAAUAGCAAUAGCCAAUGCUAACGUUGGCAGUAAUGCUAAUGACACGGUAGUUACUAUUGACUUAUUGAGUGAUAAUGCUUCUACACCUCCGCCGGCGUCCUCUUCAGCGUCGGCCGGGGUAAAUAAAACGAAAAAACCCAUACCAUUGGACGAUGAUUACGCAGGGAGUAUUGAGAAUGCGUUGGCUAAUGCGUUGAAAAAGAAAGGUAUCGAACCAACUUUACCGAAAUUAUUAGAAAAUCGUUUACAACAGCAAAUAGGGGACGGUGAUGAUACGCCGCCGCCUGGUCAGGGGCAGAGUCGAAGUAGUCGCCGACGCAAAAGGAAAAAGCAACGCGAAGAAAAAGGCCGCGAGAAGGAAAAGGAUCGCAAAGAAAAGAAAAAACGUUUUGAUUCGCCCGAAUCUCAAAGACAAGCGCCACUGCCACCUUUAGGACAUUUGGACGAUGAAGAUGAUAUGGAUGAUUAUGAAAUGCUUAAUGUUCGUGGCGGCAGCCCACCACUUAUGGCCGCACUUCCACCGCCUUCUAACGUUCAUUUAUACAGGGAUCCCUACAAUUCUGAGGAGGAGAGCGAAGGUUCCUCUUACGAUAGCUUUGACAGUGAGGGGGAGGAUAGUAACAAUGAAAAACGAAGACGUCGACAUCAGAAGAAGGAGUCGCGUAAACGUAGAGAGCGCCGUAAUCGAGAUGACGAUAGACGCCAAGAAAAACGUACACGACGUGAAUCAUUGGACGAAAAACAUCGUAAUGAGCCACGUAAAUUAGAAUUAUGCAAAUUCUACUUAAUGGAGUGUUGUGCCAAAAAAGACAAAUGCUCCUACAUGCAUGCCGAUUUCCCCUGCAAAUACUACUAUUUGGGUAUGGAUUGUGUAUAUAAGGAAGAAUGCAAAUUUGCCCAUGGCAAGCCGUUAUCUGAGGAGUUGCGCAAUAUUUUGCUAAAGCAUUUAGAAACGGCACCGAAAGAAAUAUUGGGCAAUUUUAAACGUAUAUCGCGCGAAAAUGCUCUUAGUAUGAUAACAAAAAGACACGAGGAGUUGUGUGUUAAGUUUAAUAUGCAAAAUGUUUGGGCACCGAUUACAGCUAAUUGUUUGCCUAUACAUAACAAUAGACGUAAUAAUAAGAGCAACGGUAACGAUUUGCAACAGCAACAGCAGCAGCCACAGCAGCAAUUGCUAGGGCAACAACAACAAGCAUUGCCAAAUACGAGCAAUAUACCUUCGUUGCUAGAUAUGGUAAUUAAACCGCCAACAAAUAUGGAAACUAGCCGGACAAUAACAACGACGGCUAGUAGCAGUAACGGCAGCAGCACCAGUUCGCCCAGUAGUAAUGAUAAACAACGGAAAUCCCGUUGGGCUGAUAAUAGUACAUCUGCUACUGUAAGCAGCUCAUUGAAUAUACAGCCACCUUCUAGUACGGCGCCUAGUUACUUGGAUUUAGAAAACCUUAGCGGCAUUUUGAGCAAGGAACACAUUGAGAAGCUAUCUCAACUUGGGAUAGUUAAUUUGGAGCAAGUUAAUCAAUUGACGUUUGGCCAACUGAAUCAAAUUGGUUUAACCAUAGCCGAGAUAAGUGAAAUCCAACUGAAUGCGAUGAACAUGGCCAAAUUGGGUGUAAAAACGACUUCAAGCAGCACAGCAGUAACUGCCAUACCUAAUAAUAGCCAGACUAAGGUCCAAAUCGCCGAAACUACCGCGGGCGGUAAUGCAGGCAGUAACAUAAACACACCAUCCACUUCCAUAAAUGGCGAUGUUGAUAUGCGUUUUCUUCCCAGUGUAACAGUUAACAAUGAACCACAGCAGGCAACAUCAACGUUAACGAAUAUUACGCCAACUGCGAAUGCUUCUUCAGCCCCACUAGAAAAAGAUGUUACUUUGUCUUCGAAUUCUAAUUCAAAUAGCAGCAGUGCUGUCAUAAUGGUCGAUUAUUCCCAAUAUUUAAAAGACUCUAAUUUGGCUUUCGAUCGUGCAGAUAUUUAUGAUGAUGAAAAGGAUGAAGAACAGUUAGUUAUAGACGAUGGUAAUUUAGAACAUGACGAUCAGAUUCAACAGCAGCAACAACAGCAACAUCACCAUCAACAACCUCAAAAUGCUUCAAGCGUUAAUCAAGAACAAGAAGAGGCGAAAAACAUGGGUAUGAGUUUCGGUUCAAAGGUCCAACAAUUGCCCGAUAUUCUUAGCAAAAGUCUACGCAACCCGUUUGGUGCCAAUGCUGCCAAUUUCUACGAAGGCUUAAAAUUAGAGUCGUCGUAUGGAGAUUCCAGUGACUUACCUUUUGCAAAUGAGCAUGAUGAAAUUUCGUAUUAUGUGGCGCGUGGUAACCGUAGUUCCCGUGAUUCACGUUCGCCUUCUCGUACGCCACCAGCCCGCUCACAAUCCAAUACACCAGAGGCUUCACAAUCUCCGAAACCAUUCGAUCAAAUGCAUCUGGAAUCACGUGAAAUUGUUUAUGAGCGGGCGAGUAUGUACGACUAUAGUGCGCGUAUAGCGGAAGAGGAUGAAGCACGUGCUGAACAGCGCUUAAAAGGUGACAAAGAUAUGAGGUAUUUGCCGAGUACAGAUACGUCCAGCGGUGAUAUUGACUUACGUUUACCGUUUCAACCGAUUACCAAUUACACACCCGCUACAGAAAUUGACGCUUCCAUCACUUCUCAUUUGCCCAUGUCUUACAAAGUGUAUGAAGUAGAUAUACCGCGUGCAAGUUACAUGGAACUAAGAAAUCAAUUUAAGUCGGACCAUACUCCUGAUCCUCGUUUGCGACGAAUUCUAGGAUUGCCAGAAUUGUCACAAACGAAAACUACGGCCGCCUUAAGUCGUAAAGUACGCAAAUCCAGCCAUAGCAGCAGUAUCGCUUCGCCAGAAUCGGAAAGUUCAUCACCGAAGUAUUAUACACCGCCGCCUACGUCAACGCAGACAACGUCGUAUCAAGAUGAACGUUCAAAAACUACGCAGCAAACCUCGCGCGGUGACCCUCGACGUGAUCCUCGUCGUAAUCCCCAUAAUAAUGAUUCGAAUACGACCACCAAUCUUCCACAUUCAGCGGGAGGGCAAAAACAGAAUGUUGAAAUUCGCAAUCUCUUGCAAAAAUCAGAAUGGUACAAAAAUCUUAAUUCGAAAUUUAAGAUCAUGGUCAAUCAGCAGUUGGCUUUAGUAUCCACAGAAUUGAAGAAAUUCCAUCAGGAUCCUUCGCCCAAUAAAAUUUUUGAUAUAAGCUUCAUAGUCAACAAUUCCACACUACAACAAAUACUGACUAAUUUGGGCAUAUAUAUAGAUGAUAACGGCGAAGUAGCCUAUGUUGAUAACGAUGGCGAUGAAGCGAGUACGCCCUCCACUAGCAGCGCUUCAGCUGUAAUUAAUACACCGAAUGCUGCUGCUGGGAGUAACAUUAAUCUACCAAAUCUCUCGCACCCACCACCGAACACUACAAACGUGACACCCGCGGUUAGUGUUAAUAACCCAGCUCUGGAAUUUCUAAGAGCUCCGCCGCCCAAUAUGAUACCUGCGGGCCCACCACCCAUAGCUUUGGGUCCGAUGUUCCAACGGCCACCUUUGCAAGUAUCAUUAUUUGGACGACCUAGUUUGCUAGGUUUGCCACCGCCCGCUCACUUUAACCCAUUUGCUAGCAAUUUAGCCGAUAUAAAUGUGGCCAACAACGCAAACUUCAUUGGUCCAACCGCGGCAGGUAUUCUGGGAGCGUUUGCAGGCCUGCAACAGCAGCAGCAACGCAACUUUAAUAACCCACGAAAUCGGAGUCAAACGCGCCGCAACAAUAUGAUUUAAACUGUAAAGAUAUAUAGAUUUUUUUUUUAGACAUCCUUUCUAUUAAAAAUGGAGAUUAAAGUUUUUUACUUAACCGUCAUGUUGUAUUAUAUGAAAAAUUUCUCCCUUUUCCAGUUUUUUAUCACUGUAAUCUAUCGUCAUUUUUAUUGUUCUCAUUUUUG